UUCGUGGCCGUGAGGUGGAAGUUGUCGCAUAACUGCUUCCGGGUUGUUGGGUGACCUUGAGCCCUGAGGAACGAGAUGGCGCUUCUCUGCAGGCUGAGUGUCCUCUGCAGUGCCCAGGGUGGCCGAGCUCUAUUCCUGCGAACCCCAGUGAUCAGACCAGCGCAUGUCUCUGCAUUUCUCCAGGACCAGCCUACCCCAGGAUGGUGUAGAGCACAGGGAGUCCAGCACAUUCACCUGUCGCCAAACCACCACUUUUUGAAAUACAUGGGAAAUACUCAUCAGAAAAAAGCUAUCUUCAGGGAGCGGCAGAAUCUGCCAAGUAUUGCACCACUAUUGACCACAGUGAAGGAGACGCCACAAACCAUCCCUGCCCGAAUCCGAGGACGUUUUCCUACCUGGCUCAAUGGCUAUCUACUUAGAAUUGGACCUGGAAAGUUCGAGUUUGGGAAGAAUAAGUAUAAUCAUUGGUUUGAUGGAAUGGCUUUGCUCCACCAGUUCAGGAUGGAGAAGGGCACAGUAACGUAUAAGAGCAGGUUUCUGCAGAGUGAUACAUAUAUGGCCAACAGUGUUCACGAUCGAAUUGUGAUCUCAGAAUUUGGCACACUGUCUCUCCCAGAUCCAUGCAAGAAUAUUUUCGAACGUUUCAUGUCAAAGUUUGAGAAACCUACCAUCACUGACAACACCAACGUCAACUAUGUGCAGUACAAAGGCGAUUAUUACGUUAGUACUGAAACCAACUUUAUGAAUAAAGUGGACAUUGAAACUCUGGAAAAAACAGAAAAGGUAGAUUGGAGCAAAUUUAUUGCUGUGAAUGGAGCAACAGCACAUCCUCAUUAUGACCCAGAUGGAACAGCAUACAAUAUGGGGAACUCCUAUGGACCAUCUGGUUCCUGCUAUAAUGUGAUUCGGGUUCCUCCAGAGAAAGUGGACGUUGGAGAGACAAUCCAUGGAGCCCAGGUGAUAUGUUCUAUUGCUUCUACAGAGAAAAUGAAGGUGUCUUACUACCAUAGCUUUGGAAUGACAAAGAACUACAUAAUCUUCAUUGAACAGCCUGUAAAGAUGAAUCUGUGGAAAAUUUUCACUUCUAAAAUUUGGGGAAAGGCCUUUUCAGAUGGGAUAAGCUGGGAACCCCAAUAUAAUACACAGUUUCAUGUGGUGGAUAAGCACACUGGACAGCUUCUUCCAGGGAUGUACUUCAGCAAACCUUUUCUUAGUUUUCAUCAAAUCAAUGCUUUUGAGGACCAGAAUUGUGUUGUGCUUGAUUUGUGCUGUCAAGAUAAUGGAAGAAGUCUGGACGUUUACCAACUACAGAAUCUCCGGAAAGCUGGAGAAGGACUUGAUCAGGUCUAUAAUUCAGUAGCCAGAUCUUUCCCUAGAAGGUUUGUUUUGCCCUUAGGUGUCAGUUCGAAUGCCCCUGAGGGAGAGAAUCUCAGCCCAUUGUCCUAUUCUUCAGCCAGUGCUGUGAAACUGAGUGAUGGAAAGAUCUGGUGCUCUCAUGAAAAUCUACAUAAGGAAGAUCUAGAAGAGGAAGGAGGCAUCGAAUUUCCCCAGAUCAACUAUGGCCAAUUCAAUGGCAAAAAAUAUCGUUACUUCUAUGGCUGUGGCUUUCGGCAUUUGGUGGGGGAUUCUCUGAUCAAGGUUGAUGUAGUAAACAAGACACUCAAGGUUUGGAGAGAAGAUGGUUUUUAUCCCUCAGAACCUGUUUUUGUUCCAGUACCAGGAGCCAGUGAAGAAGAUGGUGGGGUUAUUCUUUCUGUGGUGAUCAGCCCCAAACAGAAUGAAAGCAAUUUUCUCCUAGUCUUGGAUGCCAAGAACUUUGAAGAACUGGGCCGAGCAGAGGUACCUGUGCAAAUGCCUUAUGGAUUCCAUGGCACCUUCGUACCCAUCUGAUGGGAUAGCCGUAAGGUCUGAGAACUGAACUAAUGUGCUCUGUACAAAAGAGAGCAGGAAGGGCAUCCUAGUUCUCUAGGAUCUUAUAGAUACUAGUUUUUGAAUUUCUAUUAAACACAGAACUCAUGAUUCAGGUCACAGUUAUAGUGUAAUACUGUGACAUGAUUUAUACUCAUGCUGCCUUAGGUACUUUUGUAAUUAUCUGUUGCAAAUUCGUGACUGCCUCUAUUAACUUUCUUUUAUGUAAGUAACUUUUAAAAGUAUCUUUAAAAUUUUGCUUCUUUAAUUUUGAAUAAAAGCUAAAUUCAUAAUAAA